AUGGCGCCGGAACCAGAUAACCCGGUGAGGGUCCUGGGGCAGUGCCAGGUCUCGCCGUGGCCGUCGCCACCGGCAGGGAAGCCACGUUCGCUGCCACUCACAUUCUACGACGACCUCGCCUUCUGGGACGUCCCGCCCGUGCAGCGCCUCUUCUUCUUCGACAACACAGACCUCCUCGGCGGCCCCGAGUUCCUCCUCAGCGAGCUGCCCCUGUUCGAGAAGUCCCUAGCCGCCGCGCUGCACCAUUUUUAUCCAUUGGCCGGGAAGCUGCCAUGUGGGAUGCCAGAGACCGCGGCGCCCAAGAUCGUCUUCUCGGACGGCGACUCUGUCCGCCUGACGGUGGCGGUUGGCGACGACAACUUCGAGGACCUCGCCGGCGACCACGCGCGCGACACCGCGAGGCUCCGUGCUCUACUGCCUCCGCUGCUGAGAAAUGGCGGUGGCGGCGGCUCUCGGUGCAGUCAGGAUGUCUUCGCCGUACAGAUGACCGUGUUUCCUCUCGCCGGCAUCUGCAUCGGCACAACGCUGCACCACGCAGUAUGCGACGGUUCCAGCUACGUGCACUUCAUGAGGACGUGGGCCGCCAUCCACCGCCUGGAGCACAGCGGCGGGAUGUCGAUGGCGGCGGCCCCGCUGUUCGACCGCAGCGCCGUCCGAGACACCGACGGCCUCCGGGAGGUAUUUCUCAGCGACCACCGGGCAUACGCUGCAGCGGGGGACAAGGGGCCCCACGACGGCCACCACACCAGCGGCACCACGGAGCUCGCAACGUUCCGGUUCACAGACAAGUUGCUCCGUUGGCUGGGCAAGCAGGUGGAGUCCGAGACAUCGGCGAGGCGGUGCUCGCCGUACGCGCUGGCAUGCGGCGCGAUGUGGGCAGGCAUCGUGCACGCGCGCGGCAGCAGCGCCAGCUUCGGGUUUGUGACAGGGUGCAAGCCCCGCGCGAGCCCACCGAUCCCGGCGAGCUACUUUGGGAACUGCCUGGGGCUCUGCCGCGUUGAGGAGAAGGUGGCGGCCAAGCAGAGCUGUCUCGAGACGGUCACCGCCUCGGCGGCGGCCAUCUGGCGGGCUAUCGAGGGUCUGGCGGAGCAGGGGCGGGUGUUCCGGGACGCGCGCGGGUGGGUGAAGCUCGUGCGGGAGUACGCGUCGGCGCGCGCGGUGACCGUGGCCGGGUCGCCGAAGCUGGGCGUGUACGCGGCGACGGAUCUCGGGGCGCCGUGGGGAAGGCCGCGGAAGGUGGAGAUCGUCUCGGUGGAGCGGACGGGGGCGCUGGCGCUGGCAGAGAGCGGCCGCGACGGGGACGGCGGCAUCGAGGUCGGGCUGGCGCUGCCGCGCGGGGAGAUGGAGGCGUUCCGCGCCUUCUACGGUGAACUGCUGGUUGUCGCAGCAUGACAGUGCCUGCGUUUGGACUGGUCGAUCGUUGUACGCGACGGCCACCGUAAAAUUUGCAAUUUUACCUGUUGGAUGGAUGCCUUACUCAGUUUUACCUGUUGAAUCUUUUUUCUUGUAUUUUCUCCGUGUAGUGAGCUGUGCGUUUGUUAACAUAUGAGUACCUUUUAUGGGUGGUUUGUUCCUUU